AGGGCUCGUUUUUCAAAGAGCUGAAGAGAAAUUGCAGUAGCCGUCUCCUUCAAAUACAGAUCUAUCUGAAAAACUUCCUCAGUAGCAUGAAGUUAAUGAAAAGACACCAGAUUCUAAUGGCGUUUUCUUAAAAUUAAUUGGAUUGGAUUGCAUGAGGAUUUUGUCGCUGUCAGAAAGAAGAAAUUUGGCUAUUAUUUCAAGGUCUUUCCCAAGCCUAAAAUUAUGUUUCCGAGUGAAGACCAGAACUCAAGUGAGCUGCUGAACAGUUCCAUUGGAAAUUCCUCUAUGGAGGAUAUACAAGACGAGGAGCACCCUUUCCUGACGGAUGCUUGGCUUGUGCCACUUUUCUUCUCUCUCAUCAUGCUAGUGGGGCUGAUCGGAAACUCACUGGUGAUCUAUGUCAUCUCCAAGCACAGACAGAUGAGGACCGCCACUAACUUUUACAUUGCUAACUUGGCUGCUACUGACAUCAUUUUCCUGCUGUGCUGUGUGCCAUUCACUGCUACCCUCUACCCUCUGCCUGGCUGGAUAUUUGGGACCUUCAUGUGUAAAUUUGUUGCUUUUCUCCAACAGGUGACUGUACAGGCAACAUGCAUCACUCUUACGGCAAUGAGUGGAGAUCGUUGCUAUGUGACAGUGUAUCCUCUGAAAUCCCUGCACCAUCGAACCCCUCGUGUCGCAAUGAUUGUUAGCAUCUGUAUCUGGAUCGGUUCCUUUAUUCUUUCCAUACCAAUCUUUCUGUACCAGAGGCUUGAGGAUGGCUAUUGGUAUGGACCAAGAAAAUACUGCAUGGAGAGAUUUCCAUCAAAGACUCACGAGAAAGCUUUCAUCCUCUAUCAGUUCUUAGCCGUAUAUCUACUGCCUGUCAUUACCAUCUCCUUUUGUUAUUCCUUCAUGCUGAAAAGAGUGGGACAAGCGUCUGUGGAACCAGUGGAUAACAACCAUCAGGUCCACCUGCUCUCCGAAAGAACUAUCUCCAUUAGGAGUAAGAUUUCCAAAAUGGUUGUGGUCAUUGUUGUUCUCUUCACCAUCUGCUGGGGUCCCAUUCAGAUCUUUGUCCUGUUCCAAUCUUUCUAUCCCGACUUCAAGGCCAACUACGCAACAUAUAAGAUCAAGACAUGGGCUAACUGCAUGUCCUAUGCCAACUCCUCUAUCAACCCUAUUGUCUACGGUUUUAUGGGCGCCAGCUUCCGCAAGUCCUUCAGGAAGACCUUCCCCUUCCUCUUCAGACACAAAGUGAGAGACAGCAGUGUUGCCUCUCGCACAGCCAAUGCAGAAAUAAAGUUUGUAGCAACAGAGGAGAGCAACACUGAGAGGAAAUGAGAGCAGAUGACACCUAAACCAUUCAUUAAUGCCAACUGUCUAGUCACUGAGGUGCGGACUUCCUCCCUAAAUAGGGGUUAUAUUCAGUUCGCUGAGAUGUGAAAAAUUUUGAAUGUGGUGCAAAAGGCCAUUUAAAAGGCAAAGAAUUGCAGUUACAUUUACAGCUGGAGUUAAAUAGUAUUAUUUGACAUUUAUUUCCAACUUCUAAACCAAAAGGUUAAACUCUUAUUGCUUACCCUGUUGUGCUACGAGAGCUUGCCUUUUUAAAAGCUGAAUGGAAAGCUCAUUUUACAGGGAUUAAGUUUGCGGAUGGGGAACCAAACGGAUGUUCUGCCAGUGGAGAUGUGUAGGAGCUUGCCUGAGAGGAUGUUGACUAAUCAAACAUGGCAACUGUUGACUCAUCUAUUGUGUUUGACAUAUACACGACACCUCCCUGUGCACACUUCCUCAUGAAACACCACUCCAAACUGCUCUUCAUCAGUUAUAUAUUCUGAACAUUCAACGACAUGGCUCAACCUGAAGAGGUGUAUUCGCAAGGUAUAGACUCUCUUAAAGCACACCCCUUCUGAAGACAGAACAAAUGUUGUUCAUAGUACGGAAUAACAUAUUAUGCUGCACUUGCCAGUAAGGCUAUUGAGAUAUCAUAGGAUAGAGGAUUAACAAAUAACCAUAUACCAAAUAAACUUUUUCAAGGUGCAAUUCACCCAGAAGGUUUUUUUUUUUUUUUUUACUUUUAACCUGAGGAGCUCAUUUAUAGAAUACGGUGUCAUGCACAAGUUGCUACUAAAAAUGCUGGAUGUUAGUGCAACGUUCAAACACGUCCAUCUAAAGCAUGUUCACUCAGAAAAACAAAUGAAAAGAAGUGCAUUGGAAUGCAAUAAAUUGUGUGUGUGUGUGUGUGUGUGUGUGUGUGUGUGUGAACAGCCUCCAAGUUGUCUGUAUUUAUAUCUUAAAAUGCUAAAAGCAGUGGUCAAAGGUGUUUGUCUGAGGGGUGUUUUAAACAGAAAACAUUUUUUGUGUUGAAAGUU